UCAGGACUUCACCACAUUUGGCGGUUCUCUUGGUGAAUAUCACGCUAAAAAAAUCUGUACUCUGUUAGAUGCUGCUUUAGCAGUAAAAGCACCAGUUAUUGGCAUAAAUGAUUCAGGAGGAGCGCGAAUUCAGGAGGGUGUAGAUUCUCUUGCCGGUUAUGGUGAAUUAUUUCAACGUAAUGUAAUAGCAUCUGGUAUUAUUCCGCAAAUCGCCCUAAUUAUGGGACCCUGCGCUGGAGGGGCGGUUUAUUCUCCGGCUUUAACGGACUUCAUAUUCAUGGUUAAGAAUAGUUCUUAUAUGUUUGUUACCGGACCGGAGGUAAUUAAAACCGUUACAGGAGAAGAAGUAACCCAAGAACAACUUGGCGGAGCAAGAAUGCAUACUACCAAAAGUGGAGUUGCUGACCUUGCUUUUAAGAAUGAUAUAGAGCUUCCUGUACCCCAUCGUCAUACUGAAGACCCAGCUGAUCGAGUUGACAUGUCUUUAAACACCCUAGUUCCAAGUAUUCCCAAUAAACCCUAUGAUAUGAGAGAACUAAUUGAGCGCAUUGUUGAUGAAGGAGAAUUUUUUGAAUUACAACCAGAUUUUGCCAAAAAUAUUAUAAUAGGUUUCGGCUAUAUGGAAGGACGAUCCGUAGGGUUCGUCGCCAACCAGCCAUUACAUUUAGCUGGUUGUCUAGAUAUUAACACUUCCAGGAAAGCAGCAAGAUUUGUCAGGUUUUGUGACGCUUUUAACAUUCCAAUAGUAACUUUAGUAGAUGUACCAGGCUUCCUGCCAGGUACUGAGCAAGAACAUAAUGGCAUUAUAAGACAUGGAGCAAAGUUAUUAUAUGCAUAUGCUGAAGCUACUGUGCCCAAAAUCACAGUCAUUACUAGAAAAGCAUACGGAGGAGCUUAUAUAGUAAUGAACUCCAAACAUUUACGAGGAGAUAUAAAUUACGCGUGGGGUAAUUCAGAAAUUGCUGUACUAGGGGCUGAAGGAGCAGCUGAAAUAAUAUUUAGAGAAGCAUGUAAAGACCCAGAAGCAAAAAUACAGAAAAUCAAGGAAUAUAAGAAUACCGUUACUUCUCCUUUUAUUGCAGCAUCUAGA